AUGUAUCCCAACGAACUGUCGCAAGAUGUGACACGCCCGUCGUCUGGCUGGACCAACGACUCUACUUUUGCCGACAGUGCUAUCAGCAUGGGCACGGCUACGCCGAAAAACUUCGAGGAUGAUUCGAUGCAACUCCGACCGCCCUCUUCGUCCACGCCGUCCCUGUCCGAACGUCUGACUGGACUUGCUGCCCUCGCUUGGGCGGUUGAACAAGAUGGGUAUAUUGAAGACGCUACAAGGAACAAGAUCUGGAAGUCGCUUUCGCGUGUCGAGAAUCUCCUGGAAGACCGAGAUGAGGUCCCUGAAGCAGAUUCCAAAGGAGCUCCAGAGAAUGCUGAAACACGAGAGAUCGCCAAUCAGUUCAGUGAAGAGGAUGUCGCACAGCUUGACCAGAUCCACCAGCACCUCACAACAACCGUGGCUGAGAUGCGACUUCGCCAACAAGAGCAGCACCAUAUAUAUGAGAUGGCCGUUCGGAGGCUAGACGACAUAGCAGGCACAUGCGCUCGACAAAAAAGGCGGAUCCAGGAACUCGAGACUGAGGUUGGAGCGCUAAGGACAGAACACCAGAAAUUGUAUCGCGACAGCGAGGGCUUCCAGCAGCAUGCUGAGCAGUUGACUGCAGAGCUGCAGCGGAGAGACGUUGCGCUGCAAGCCAUGUCAAGUGCAGUCGCCGGCUUGGACGGGUGGAUUUCGACCACUUUGGCUCCUAACCAGCGUGCGACACGACUAGACCUUCGGACACGCGGUCGGGGAAGGUUCAAGACACAUUACUAUGUCGAGGUCCCUAUCGACACUUCGCCAGAUGAUGGUGUGGACCCCACCGUGGAAGCUCGAGAAUUGCGUGACGGCAUCACAGCAUGGGUUCGAGGCUUUCGGGACGUGGAAUCGGCAUCCCUGGACGCAAUAACCGUCAGUCACGACGUGCACCCGCCGCCUGUAUUCGACAACAGGACAGUCUCGAGUAGCGUGGAAGAUUCGAUGCCAGAUGUGGAAGAAUGGGGUGACUUCCAGACCGCUUCGACCGCUAACAUGUUAUUGAGGUGA